UCUCAUUUCAUGUAUUCGCAAUUUCACCUUUCGGUCAGUUCAGUUCGCAGGACGAAAUUCCUGGCGACUUGAGCAGCAGUGGACUUCCAAUUCUUCAUUGUCUCUGCUGCUGUUGGAUUUUCGUUCCUCCAAUUGCGAUUCUUGAUCGCCAAUUUCUAGAUUUUCUUUCUCGCAUAUGUGGAAGACCUCCCAUUCUCAAUCGGAAACCGAGCAGAUAACGAAGAAGAAAGGCUAAAGGAAUUGAAGCCGGUUCACAGUUCCAUGGCAGCUAAAUUGAACUCUAGUUUACUAUUAUACUGUUAUGUUUUGGUUUUCGCUUUGGUCAUAGUUUCGUUGGAAUCAGCACCUCAAGCUUUCCGGAGAGAUCCGGGACACCCACAGUGGCAUCACGGAGCGUUCCACACCGUCAGAGAUAGCGUGCGAAACGAUGUUCGUCGCAUGCUGCAUUCUCGAGCUGAGGUUCCAUUUCAGGUUCCACUUGAAGUGAACAUCGUCCUUAUUGGUUUCAAUAACGAUGGAGGCUACCGGUACACAGUAGAUUCACACAAGCUAGAAGAGUUUCUGAGAGCCAGCUUUCCUUCUCACAGGCCAUCCUGCCUUGAGACGGGCGAUCUCAUUGACAUAGAGCACCAUAUUGUAUACAACGUAUUUUCUGCAGGUCAGGCCGAAUUGAUAGCUCUCGAGAGGGCACUGAAGGAGGCCAUGGUUCCUGCUGGAACUGCAAGAGAGACUGAUUUUGGAAGGGAGGUACCUUUGUUUGAGGUGGAAGCAACAGCAGUGGAACCAGUGUUUCAGAAUUUAUAUUCCUAUAUAUUUGACACGGAUAAUCAUGGAUACUCUGCUACUGAGAUGGAUAGACUUAUGCCAAUUUCCAUAUUUAUUGUCAACUUUGAUAAGGUCAGAAUGGACCCUAGAAAUAAGGAAGCUGACUUUGAUAGUUUAAUGUACGGGAAACUUGCCGAGCUAAAUGAUGAAGAUAUGAAAAAACAAGAAGGAGAUUACAUUUAUCGUUAUCGAUAUGAUGGAGGAGGAGCAACUCAAGUUUGGUUGGGCUCUGGCAGAUUUGCGGUGAUUGACCUCUCAGCGGGCCCAUGCACAUAUGGAAAAAUUGAAACUGAAGAGGGAAGCGUCAGUUCUAGAACUCUACCACGAUUGAGGAAUGUGCUAUUUCCAAGAGGAUUUGGUGCAGCCAGUGAUCAUUCGACCCAUGAUAAUUUUUUGGGGGAACUUGCUGCCUUAGUAUCAACCACCAUCGAACAUGUCAUAGCGCCGGAUGUCAGGUUUGAAACUGUUGAUAUGACAACAAGAUUGCUUAUACCCAUAAUCGUCUUGCAAAAUCAUAAUCGAUACAAUAUUAUGGAGAAAGGCUAUAAUUACAGCAUAGAUGUUGAUGCAAUUGAAGCAGAGGUAAAAAAGAUGAUUCAUGUUGGGCAAGAAGUAGUAAUUAUUGGUGGCGCACAUUUAUUACAUCGCCAUGAAAAGCUGGCCAUAGCUGUUUCAAAAGCAAUGCGAAGCCAUUCCCUACAGGAAACAAAGAAUGAUGGUCGCUUUCAUGUUCAUACAAAGGCAUAUCUGGAUGGCGCUAUCCUCAGAGAAGAAAUGGAAAGGUCCGCUGAUGUGCUUGCUGCAGGUUUGCUUGAGGUGGCUGACCCUUCUUUAUCGGAUAAAUUUUUCCUUCGUCAGAAUUGGAUGGAUGAACCUGAUGUUUCAAAUGAUUCUGUGCUGAAACAUAAACCUCUUUGGGCUACAUAUCAAUCAAAAAUUAGCAAGAAGGUGAAGAAAAUUGAAAAGAAGCAGGGGGAUUUGCACCGAACCUAUGGGACUAGGGUACUUCCAGUUUUUAUCCUAUCAUUGGCUGACGUUGAUUCAAAACUCAUGAUGGAGGAUGAAAGCCUGGUUUAUGCAAGUAAAGAUGUCGUUAUCGUACUCGAGCAUCAAAAUGAGAAGAUACCUCUGAGUUAUGUUUCCGAAACGCACAGAAGAUAUGCCGAUCCAUCACGGGCACAACGCCAUAUACUAGCGGGGCUUGCUUCAGCUGUUGGUGGUUUGACUGCACCUUAUGAGAGGGCUUCUCACGUUCAUGAGAGGCCAGUUGUAAAUUGGCUCUGGGCAGCUGGUUGUCAUCCAUUUGGCCCAUUCUCGAACACAUCUCGAGUCAGUAAAAUGCUUCAAGAUGUUGCAUUGAGGAACAUAAUAUACGCACGCGUAGAUUCAGCUCUUCACCGAAUCCGAGAUACAUCAGAGACUAUCCAAGCCUUUGCAGCAGAACAUCUGAAAACUCCACUUGGUGAACCAGUGAAAGGCAAGAAGAACAAGACAACUACCGAGCUCUGGUUGGAGAAGUUCUAUAAAAAAACCACCAACUUACCCGAACCGUUCCCCCACGAAUUGGUCGAGCGGCUAGAGAAAUAUUUGGAUGGCCUUGAGGAACAGCUCGUGGAUCUCUCGUCGCUAUUAUACGACCAUCAUCUACAAGAUGCUCAUUUGAACAGUUCAGAAAUUUUCCAGAGCUCCAUUUUUACCCAGCAGUAUGUCGAUUACGUACUGAACGAAGAGAGGGAGAAGAUGAGAUGCUGCAGCAUUGAGUACAAAUAUCCAGUGCAGUCUUCGCAAACUUACAUCUAUGGAGGAAUUCUUCUAGCUGGGUUUGUAGUUUACUUUCUCGUCAUCUUCUUUUCAUCACCAGUGCGCUAACACUAAGGAUAAUAUAGAGUAAAAAUAUUUUAUAUUUUAACACAAAAUGUUCUUUUCUCAAGCCAAUAGGAUUCUAGAAAAUUUUGACCAUAUUGGCAGAUAAUGUGGUGUGCUUUUUUACUUCAUAGAAUCGAAAAGCUUUUUUCCCCUUUUUCUUUUUAAUAAA